CACUCUGAAAAAUGUGCUUGUUAAUCAUUAUUCAAAUAUAUGUAUGAGGAAAUCAUGUUCAUAGGCAAUCAAACUGCUAGCAUAUAACACCAGCAUGAGUUAUACCUUUAACAACUGUGUGGUCAACUUUUCAGCCAAGGGCCCUGAAAAUGUACCUCUUCCUGGUUCUAGUAAAAAGGAUGCAAAAAGAGGGCCAAAACGGACAAAUUUCAAACGGGGAAGACCUACAGAAACAUCAAAGUUGCUAAAAAAAAGAGGUCUCAAAGGUUGGUUAAAAACAAAAGUAAAAGAAGAGGUUCAAAACAAAGAGACAGAAGAUGAAGUGGAGCGGAUGCAUAUGAUAAAAAAGGAAGAGGAGAUGAUUAAGAUAAAACAGAAGAUACCAGAAGAGGAAGAAGAAGAAUUUACCGUUCUAUCUGUAGAUGGAAUUGAAUACCCAAACUGUCAAAAAUCAAAAUAAAAUUAAUUCAUAUCUUUUGGAUCUGUUAUGUAUUGUAGUAUUUUU